AUGUCUAGCACGCUAAUGAAGGAAGAUGAUUUAUUAAACGUAGAAGUACAAUCAGACAGCUCGCAGUCCAGCCGCGACGAGGCGUGCGCGCUGCAGCCCGCGCGCAGGCGCAGGAGACCCCGCCAGCACGGCCUCAGCCUGGUCACGCGCUACCGCCUGGGGCUGCUGCCGGGGGCGGCGGCCGCUGCGGGGGCGGCGGGCGGGGGCGGCGGCGACGACUACUCGCCGCCGCUCAGCCUGGACAGCGACUCCGACGCCGAGCUGCCCGACGUGCUCAGGUCGCUGCGGCUGGCGCCCGUGGCGGCGGGCUGUCGCAGCGCCACCGCCGCCUUCCGCCGCCGCCGGAGGCGGGCGCCCGCCCCCGCCGCCCCCGCCGCCCCCGCCACGGCCCCGGCGGUGACCGCCUGCUCCAAGUACAACCUGCGGAGGAAGCGGCGGCGGCUGCGGCGCGCGGGGGCCUCGCCCCCAGCUGCCGCCCCCGGCUCGCUGCGCUCCAGCAGGGACAUCCUCAAGAACCUGCUGACCAGGACCAGCUUCCCGCAGCUGAAGGCGCAGGCCGCCGGGAGCGGCAGGGGCGGCGGAGUCGCGGGCAGGGGGUGGCGCCCCAACAAGGAGCCGGUGCCCAUCGCCCCGCGCCCUGCCCCAGCGGCGCCGCCCCUCGCGCUGCCCUCCGCCGGCCCCGGCCCCUUCCUGGUGCUCCGCCCCAGCGGCGCGGACCACGCGCCCGCCCCCGCCCCCGCCCCCGGCCCGAUGCAGCCGCGAGGACUGGAGCCCGCCAAGCGGCUGCCCACGCACGGCUGCCCCUUCUGCGAGAAGAAGUUCGACCGGCCGUGGGUGCUGAAGGGGCACCUGCGCCUGCACACGGGAGAGCGGCCCUUCCAGUGCCCCGUGUGCGGCAAGACCUUCGCCGACCGGUCGAACCUGCGCGCGCACCAGCGCACCCGCGCGCACCACCAGUGGGAGUGGCGCUGCCCCGUGUGCCACAAGCCCUUCUCGCAGCGCCGCUACAUGGAGCGCCACUGCCUCGAGGCGUGCCAGAAGUACUGCCAGCAGACGCGUGCCCGCCCCCCGCCCCUGGGCGUGCUCGAGGCCGCGCUGCGUCGCUACGGCGCACGCUCCCCGCCCCCCGCGCCGCUCGCUCCUGCCCCACGCGCAGCCUUGUAA